CGCUUUCCGUACUUGAUGUCAAACAAAAAAAGAUCGGGAGGGGAUAGAAGCCAUCCUCCGUUAAUAAUGAUAGUUUUCGUCAAGUAACUAUCAUUUCACCCCGACAAAAUACCCGAAGUCGUCGUUUUGCAAUUGUAUUAAUACUGCAUUUCAUGAGUGCCGGGCUGAAUUGUAGUUUUUAACGGUUUUUCGUCAACAUUGAGGGAUGUCUAAACGACUGCGGAACAGAGAAGUAUGCGCUGAUUGCAGUGCUCCGGAGCCGCGCUGGGCCUCAGCGAAUCGUGGCGUGCUGAUCUGUGACGAGUGUUGCAGCAUUCACCGGGGUCUUGGUCGACACAGCUCUCAAGUGCGGCACGUAACACACACCCCAUGGCCGCCCUCCCAAUUACAGAUGGUUCAGACUCUGUACGGCAACGGAGCUAACUCGAUAUGGGAGCACAGCCUUCUGGACCCUUCCACGGCCCUGAGUGGCAGGCGCAAGGCUAACCCCCAGGACAGGGUGCACCCCAACAAAACGGAGUUCAUCAAGGCUAAGUACCAGAUGCUGGCGUUCGUCCACCGGAUGCCCUGCCGAGAGGAUGACAACGUCACCACCAAGGACCUCAGCAAGCAACUGCACUCCAGCGUUCGAACGGGCAACCUGGAGACCUGCCUGAGGCUACUGUCCCUGGGGGCCCAGGCCAACUUCUUCCAUCCAGAGAAGGGAAACACCCCCCUGCACAUAGCCGCCAAGGCAGGCCAGCUGUGCCAGGCUGAGCUGCUGGCCGUGUACGGGGCCGACCCCGGAGCCUUGGACACCGGGGGGAAGACCCCCAUCGACUACGCAAGACAAGCAGGGCACAAGGAGCUGGCUGACCGCCUGGUGGAGAUCCAGUACGAACUCACUGACCGGCUCACGUUCUACCUCUGUGGAAGGAGGCCAGACCACCGGAACGAACAACACUUCAUUAUCCCGCAAAUGGCUGACAGCAGUCUGGAUCUGUCAGAGUUUGCAAAAGCAGCGAAGAAGAAGCUCCAGUCUCUCACCAACCACCAGUUUGAAGAGCUCGCCAUGGACGUCUACGAUGAGGUAGACAGGAGAGAAACCGACGCAGUGUGGCUGGCGACCCAGAAUCACAGCAGUCUGGUGACAGAUGCCACUGUGGUCCCCUUCCUGCCCGUCAACCCCGAAUACUCCUCCACUAGGAACCAGGGCCGCCAGAAGCUGGCGAGGUUCAACGCGCACGAGUUUGCCACCCUCGUCAUCGACAUUCUAACCGACGCCAAACGCCGGCAGCGGGGGAACUCCUGCGAAAGCCCCAAAGAUGACGUGGAGCUGAUCCUGAAAGGGACGAGCAGUCGCCAUGGCAGCGAGAGCCAGGACAACGACCAGCCGGAUUACGACAGCGUGGCGUCGGACGAGGACGGGGACCGCGAGCCGGUCUCGGAGAACAAUGGGAACAUGGGGCGCACCAAGAGCUCGGAGUCAUCUGACCUCUCAGACGGACCAAUCACAGUGCAGGAGUUCCUGGAGGUGAAGACGGCUCUGACGGCGUCUGAGGCUAAGAUCCAGCAGCUCCUCAAGGUCAACUGUCACCUCAAUGAGGAACUGCGCCUGAUGCAGGGCAAGCUGAACUCCCUGCAGACAGAGAACACCACCCUGCGCUGGCAGGCCCCCGGGGGCCCCCCUCACCCCCACCAGCCCCCCGGCCGGCCCCCGGUGCGGGGCGGGCGCCCCAUGUCCAUGUAUGAGACGGGCUCGGGCGUGCGGCCCUACCCCCACAGAGAGGCCCCGCGGCCCGAGGACGGCCUCACCCUGCACCCGCUGCCCACCAACAUUGGGCGUGGCCCUCUGGGAUCGGCCUCCUCCUCCCUGCCCACCUUCCCCUCCUCCUUGUCCUGGUCGCGUGACGAGAGAGCUCGAAGGGGCUGCAGCCUGGAGGGGCGAGGCGGCGUAACGGACAACGACUACGACAACGCAGCCGACCUCUCCCAGCUCGACGAGUCUGGUGUGUCAGGCCGGGCCUGCAGCUGGCUGGCGGAGGGCUCUCCCGGUGGCCUGGGGGAGCAGCAGGAGGAGGAGGAGGAGGUGGAGGGGGGCGAGGCAGUCUCCACCCUGCCCUGCACCGAGGACGUCAUCUGUAAGACGGAGCAGAUCACCAAGAACAUCCAGGAGCUGCUGCGGGCCGCCCAGGAGAACAAGCACGACAGCUUUGUCCCAUGCUCUGAAAGGAUCCAUGUGGCCGUGAGAGAGAUGGCCACCCUGUUUCCCAAGAGACCCCAGUCUAAGAUGGUUCGUGACUCUCUGGGCCUGCUCACCUCCAGCGCUAGCCGGCUGCAGGGAGAAUGCCAGAAGGCUUCGCUUCAUGAGCCCCGCCCCUCCGACAUGCAGCUGGUCACUCAGCAAGUGAUCCAGUGCGCCUAUGACAUCGCAAAGGCCGCUAAGCAACUGGUCACUGUGACAACCAAAGAAAACAGCAACUGAUUUAGUUUGGUUUGUUUGUAUGUUUUUUUUGUUUUAUUUUUUUUUAAUCCAAAGACCUCCCUCUUGAUAUGUGUUAAUGGUCUGGCUAAUUUCAAUGUAAUCAGUAUUACUGUUAUUAUUUGUAUGGCAUUUUUAUUUAAUGUAUUAUGUCACCAGUUAAACGUUAUAGGGUUAUUGUGUGAAGUUUACAGAAAGUUUUCCUUGGAGAAUCGUGGGUCAUGCCAAGGCCCUGUUUUUGAGUACAAGUGGUAUUAGCGCAUAUUAGUGGAGUUUAAAGACUUGUCUACCUGGGUGAACGUAUAAAUAGACAUGUUGCAGCCUUUUAAAUGUUGGGUGUUUUUUGUGCUUUGUGGUUGUGCUGUUUGCUGCCCCCUUCUACACAACAAUGACUACAUCGAGACUGUCCAAAGGUUUCAUUUAUUGUAGAUUUGCCAACGUUGGACAUUGAAACCUUUUGAAAGUUAUUGAACACAGCCAUGUGUACUACCAGCGCAGUGACACGUCACAGUAAAAUGCCCUCGUCAUAAUAGGCUCCAUGGAUGUUCCAAAGUAUUGUAAUUCCCUGCUAAAGCCAUACGUCAUAGAACCAAGACCAUGUCUUUAUUAUUAUGACGAUUGGUUUUCUUAUUUUUGACAUCCCGAAAUGCAAUUCUUUUUUAUCAACCCCAAAUAUUUUUUUUUAUAGAAAGAAAGUGUACAAACGUAUAUUCAUAAUACAUAUAAUCGUAAUGCUAUAGUCUAU